UAUUAAAAUCAUACUUAUUUGCAUUUUUCAGAAGCAGAAUCAUAUUAAAGCAGGAAAGGAGAAAACAAAAGGAAUACUUUGAAAGAAAGAAACUUAAGUCAAAAAUGAAGCUCCUGGAAGUAUCAUCUCCUAAAAGUUCAGCAGUCAGUUUGGAUCUCCUUAAUCUAUAUGUGGUUAACCAGAUAUCAACCAAAAAAGACAACAGUGAGAACAUGAGGAAGCCAGUCCACAUUGAUAUCACUGAAGAUGAAAAGAAACCUAUCAGAAGACAUAACUUAGAGCUUCCCACGUCCCCCCUACGUACACAACAUAAGUCAAACUUAGAUGUUCUCCAGAGCAGGUUACAAAAGCAAGUUUUGGAGAGCAGAAGACAGCAUCUCUCAGAAAAAGUAAAAUACCAGCAUAAUUUCUCUAACCAUACACAGCUUUCAGAAGAAAAUUUCAACACAAACCUAGUGGGCAACAUUUGGGAACAGCCCUAUGAAAAGAAACUGCAAAACCAGCCAGGAAAGAGCUUUGAUCAAGACCCUUGGAACACAAAACAGUCAAGUCAGUGUGUUUUCAGGAAGUCUGAUACAAUGGCUCAGGAACUAUUCACGCCAUUUGAUAGUUACACCUCAUUGCCUUCCCCCAGGCCAGACCACAUGAAUUCUGCCAGGAAAAAUCCAGUGAUAAUAGCCAAUAAUGAAUCUGAAAACUGUGGAGGAAUAAAAGAACCAAUAUUUGAUGUUGUGAAAGAAACUGCAGAACUGAAAGGUCCCCAAGAUGGAAGGGAUUGUUCCUUUCUGGCACUAUUUGAAGAUGAGAGUCAACCAAUCCAUAAUAAUCCUUCCACAGAGCAUUUUAAUCCUUUUUCUAACCAAAGCAAUACUGACAUUUUUGUCACUGUUCCUGAUGUUAGAAAUCAAAUUACCAACAGGAAUUAUUCUUAUGACACUAGAAAGGUUUAUCCUGCAACCAAUACAAAAGAAAAUUCCAUAGACAGACAUCUUGAAGGUAUUUUGACAGCUCCCGAGCAGGUUUUCCUUAAAAGUAACAAUGUGUUAAGUACAAGCCACAAGGAAACCAGUGGACUUCAUAAAACCCACGUACAGAACUGUCGUGAGGGACAGCAGCACUUCAUACCCUGUGAAAAGAAAGAAAAAAGAGCAAACCUUGAAAAAAUUGGGAUAUUUGCUUACCACCAUGAUCAGCAGAAUAGCUUAAAGGAGAAUGUGCAGAAUUACUCAAGGAAAAAAAGUGAUAACAAGUCUGUGAAAGAAACAGCCUGGAAUCAGAACCAUCUCUUUGUAUUUGAAGAGUUCACAACAGCAUAUGAGAAAGGGUAUAAGUUUGGAGUGAGUUCAUAUCUUCAAGAGAUGGAGAUGGAUGUGGAGUCACCACUCAUCAGUCAUUCUCACAGUUACUCUCCAAGGCAGACUGAGAGCUAUUUGAGCUCUAGUCCUGACACAUCUGAAGAAGAAGACACAGCCAAAACGAAGGAAUAUCUGAAUGAACAGUCCUUGAAGGCGCAUGGUGCCAACCUAUUCUCAGCCUCAGCAAGCAGAGAGGCCCCCAAGAGCUCUCACACUCCAAGUGUGGGUAUGCAGCCCAGCAGUUUUUUUGCUAGAGAAGAAGCAAACAAUCUUCAGGAGAAAGACUCUAAUUUUUGUGCCGCAGAGGAGGGAAAUAAAACCCAGAGAGCUCUGUCUCAGGGCCCAUCACACCGCACCCUUAAGAGGGAGCAUGUCACUCGCAGCGCCAGGCGCGACGUUUGGUCGCAGACCGAGGGCUCGGUGACAGAAGUAGAGAAGGUGGAUGUGGGCACCCAGUGUGGCACCCUGAGGGUGUGCAGCUGCGGGGGAUCCCUCCCCGCUGCCCGCAGCCCAGGGGAGCAGAGCAGCUGCCCAGCUGCCCCGCCCGCUGCUGCUCCUCCCAGCACCGUGCAGGAGGUGCCGCAGCCCGCGGGCACCGGGACUGACGCCUUCUCUGCUGAGAUCGAGUACCUGAGUUUGGCUGGCAGCAGGACGCUAGAGGUGCUGAGCUACAUUGAUAGAAUGAAGGAGAGAGAGAAGCAGUGAGCAACCAUAAUGGCAUAUAACGAACACAAUAGUUUUGUCCUGUUCUUAGUGUAUUUCAUUCAGUUGGCAUAUUCUGACUUUUCUAGCAUGGUUACUGUUUGUUAGCUUUAACUAUCAAUAAUUAUGGAUUUCUGUCUACCUACUGCUAUCUCAAAGUAUGGGUUUCCAUAGAUAUCCAACUAUUAACAAAGGAUUUUACAAUAGCCUAACAAAUUCAUACUUUAGGAAUUAUAUUGGUUUCCUCACCAUAUACCCAUAGGAUUUUGUAGAUUGGAAUUGACUGACUGUGUUUCUUUUAAGGUAAUGGGAAGGUGUUGAUCUGCUUCAAAACGUAUUUAGUGUGGCUCUGAGUUCAGAGCCAUUGUCUGAGUUUUACCCCUUUUAACAGAAAAACUUGCCUUUGUCAUGUGUUCAUACUAAACACAAAAAUGGGAAACAACAGAAAAUGUACAUCUGCACACAUAGAAUAGAAUGUAAUUUAAAAAGAGCUAAUUUAUUAAUUUCUUUUUUAAAUGCUCAAUUUUCCUUCCACAGCAGAUCCAUUCAUUAAUUUUCUGGCUGUUAAUCUAAAAAAUCUUUCAUGUGUUUCUGUGUUCUGUCUGCAAGUUGAAAAUCUGAACUACUUUCCUCUUCAUUUCAGUGUUUGUGUGAAGCUACAAAUCACAACAAAUAAAAGUUUCUGAUAAUAUUA